GCGAUGCAGUCUGUGGUGUGAGGUGCCCCCGACAUAGGUGUGCGUUUCAGAGGGGGCAAAGCAUUCUUCGAGAGAAACCGCAUUGACCCGAUUCGCCGCAGUCGCGCUCGCUCACGCUCAGUCGCUGAUUGUGAUGACUCGCGAACGCCGGCGGACUCUGCUGAUGUCGAAUGUGGAUAGAGAUACACCACCAGCACUCACCAUUCCCAAUCACUGUCGAAAGUGAAGACACACUGACGAACAAACCGACGACGCCGAAUACGCGAUCUUCUAGCAUAUCAGCCGUGAAAUUAGGUGCGAGACGUCAUCGUCAGCUGUGCUGUUAGGAAUUUCGAUUCUUGGAUUAGGAUUCUUGGCGCGUCUUAGUGGUUUCGGUACAACUCAACUAUCACAGAUGUGCAGAUGGUAUCAGUCUGACAUCGUCCACCUAGAGGCAAAAAUCGUGACUCGACGCUCCGUCCUCCAUUUCGCUUCCAAACAAUUUUGCUAGACGGGCAGCACCAAGUGAGUGUGUAAUACUCGCAGUAAAAUAGUAUGUAUCCUUGAUUCGGGUGUUUCGGGUGUUUAAUAACAGCAAAUAAUUUAUAUUAGUUGAGUGGGUGUCUAUUGAAAAUCGCCAGUUCAGUGUAAUUUGACACUAAGGGUGAUCCAUUUAUCGUAAGUGAAAUUAUAUUUACUGGAACUGUACUUCAUAAUGGACAAAAUAGUGUGAUGCACAUCGAAUAUACAUAAAAUCAACUAGUAUCGCAUAAUCAUAAAAUUGAAUCGAGCACGUUGUCUCAGGAGCACCGUCAUAAAAUCUAUCGAAAUUUUAGGUACACGAAAAACUUAAGAAUCGGCAGGCCGUUAGGGACAAGUGAAAUAUGAGAAAAGCCCUAUUUUAAUGUCUCGAACCCCAUAAGUUUUUUUUACCACGCACAAAUUGGAUUCUAUCAAGUAGAUUAUGCUAACCUUCUUCUGGACAGCGACAUGUCUCUUUUGCAACUUUUUAGCUGUUCAAGGCCACCCUGCAGGCUAUACAUAUGUAAUAAACUCAGAUCCAGAACCGAGAAGGACAGGUCCCCCACUGGAUAAAUUGAACUUCACCGACAACUGGGACUACAAGAAAGAACAUUUCUUGCAAAGUAAUGUGCCGAUAUUGCAGGAAAAACAAAGAAAACACACUCUUCCACCCACCGCUAAUUGCACUGGCAGAUUAUUGUGGGAACUGGAUCAAGAAAAAUCAACCCAUCUACCACAAAUUGUAAACAAAGCACUAAAGCUUCUAAAUCUGAAGCAGGUUGCGUUUGAAAUUGAAAACUCGGUUAUGUCAAAAGUAUCCUGUACAGCUUGCAGGGCAGGUGCCGGGCUUCUUCAACAUUAUACGAAAACGGGAAAAUCGGAGAAGGAUAUAAAAAAGACCAUCUAUCAGUUUUGCGUGAAUUUGAAAAUUCAAUCACCUAGAGUUUGCGAAGGAAUUACUGAACAGUUUGCUGGAGAAGUUAUUUAUGUUCUGGGUAAACUGAAAAUUGGUCCAGACGAAAUCUGCAGUUUUGUAAUUGGAGAUGCUUGUGGGGAUGUGUACAAUCCGUACCACGAAUGGGAGGUCAUGUUUCCACCAGUGCCUAAGCCAAAACCAGCUGAACAAAACAUACCUGAGACGAAUGCACCAACUUUCAAAGUUCUCCACGUGUCAGACACUCACUAUGAUCCAUACUACUUGGAGGGUAGCAACGCAGACUGUGCAGAACCACUAUGCUGUAGGCUAACAAAUGGACCAGCAGGCACCAAGGAACAAGCAGCUGGAAAAUGGGGCGAUUAUAGGAAAUGUGAUACACCAAAAAUAACUGUGGAUAACAUGUUACAGCAUAUUCAGGAAACCCAUCCGGACAUAGAUUACAUUCUUUGGACUGGAGAUUUGCCACCCCACGAUAUUUGGAACCAGACAAAAGAAGAAAAUUUAAAAAUCUUGAAGGAAACCGUUAAGCAAAUGUCUGACAUGUUCCCAGGGGCUCCUAUCUUCCCUGCACUAGGAAACCAUGAAUCUGCACCUGUAAACAGUUUUCCACCACCAUUUGUGAAUAGCCCCGAAAGCUCAAUAUCCUGGUUAUACGAUGAACUGGACGUUCAGUGGCGCAAAUGGUUGCCUACAUCUGUGAGCAAUACGGUUCGAAGAGGAGCUUUCUAUUCAGUAUUAGUCAGGCCUGGCUUCAGAUUAAUUUCGCUCAAUAUGAAUUACUGCAACAAUAAAAAUUGGUGGCUACUACUUAAUAGUACAGAUCCGGCAACUGAGCUACAGUGGUUGAUAUAUGAGUUGCAGUCUGCCGAAUUCAAUGGAGAAAAAGUUCAUAUAAUCGGCCAUAUUCCACCUGGCCAUUCAGACUGCUUAAAAGUCUGGUCAAGGAACUACUAUGCGAUAAUUAGUCGGUAUGAAGCAACCAUAACAGCCCAGUUCUUUGGACAUACCCAUUACGACGAGUUUGAGGUAUUUUACGAUCACAAAGAUAUAAGCAGGCCUAUUAGCAUAGCUUACGUUGGCCCAUCUGUGACGCCAUAUUAUGACCUAAAUCCUGGCUAUAGGAUAUAUUAUGUUGAUGGAGAUCACGACAAGUCAACUAGAGCUGUCAUUGAUCACGAGUCAUGGACCAUGAAUCUCAGGGAAGCCAAUUUAUAUGGAUAUCCAAUAUGGUUUAAACUGUAUACGGCUAAGCAGGCAUUCGGAAUGGACGCAUUGAGGCCGCAAGAUUGGGAUGACCUUGUCAGCAGAAUGACCAAUGAUCCAAAAUUGUUUGAAUUAUUUUAUAAGUAUUAUUAUAAAGCUAGUCCAGUAAGACCAAGCUGUGACAUGGAAUGUAAGAAGAAAAUAUUAUGCGAUCUGCAUUCUGGUAGAUCACACGAUAGGAAGAACUUGUGCGAAGGUAUCGAAUCUAGGAUAGAUUCUACGGCGAACACAAGUUGGAAAGAAUGGUUUUAUAACACCAUUUCUGUCUCCCUGGUGUAGGGAGUUGCAAUAGGUUUACGCAAUACACUUUUAGGUAUUGCUCAAUUGCUUUCUCAGAUGCAUCAGCUAACAUAGUGAAGCUGCGAAUGGUGUAAUACGAUGAAGUGAAAAAAAUAUUAGCUGUACAAGAUUUUGAUCACUUCUUCCAUGUGUUUUUACUAUAUUAAGUAUUUUCUUUUUGGUGGUAUUGCUAAAUUUUUGGUUAAUUUACGAAGAGGUUCCUACACACGGGUGUUUGUACUAAAGGUUCAAAGGUUUCCUUACUUGUGUAUAUUAUUUGUGGAGCAUGUAACAUUUUACAUAUUCUUGGCCCAAAACGUAACAUACGUAUAGUAUAUGUGUAGGAACUAUCUGAAACAAGUGUGUUGUGCUGACAUUUAAAGAAAAUAUUUGGUUUUUGUUUUUAGAGUGUCAUUUCUGGUAUCAAUUCCAAGGUACACCAUGAAACUACCAAGAUAUGUCCUCGGAUUAGGCUAGAUUAUUUUUUAAUUGCAAGUAGUGUCAAUUUUAAUUUCAGAGUAUUCGCGAAAAAUGAUAUUUUCGUUGUACUCAGUGUAUUUGUACAGGUUUUUUACUUCUCUUUCGAAAAAAUUCUCAAUGUAUUAAGUGUGCGAAUGGAUUGAUUUUUGUGUUGAAUGACAUUUAGCUAAUUUUAAGUACAUCGUAAUUAUGUCACUCAAAGAAGAGAAUAGAAGGCUGUGUAUUUCUAAACAUGAAAAGAUAACACUGAGGCAAAUAAGUUGAAGUAUUUGAGUAUUCAACAUCGAAUGAGUCAAAGCUUCAUUUACGUGUCGAAUAUUGACAUUUUAUCCUUUUAGCCGUCAUGUUCAUAUCUGAAUCAAAAUUUCGCCGAAAUCAAAGAUCAAACCACACGACAAUUAUGUACCUCCUUAUAUAUUGUUUGUUGUAUUCCAAAAAGUCACUAACAUAUAUUUCUAUUUCCCACUAUAAAAAUAUGCAGCAAUAAAAAACAUUGAGCCGAAGACAUUUAUCAUUCAUCAACAAACGAGAUAAGGUUUUCCAUUGGGAUCCGAACCAAAUCGAAGUUUUGGCCUUUAUCUGAGGAUGUAGCCUCAGAGCUUCAAUCACAUUUGACCUUCUAUCUUGCACCACAUUAUUUUGUAUCGUGCCAGCCUCUUGACGUCCAAAAUAAAGAAAUACUUUCUAAGUCCAUUUGUCACAAAAUAGUGGACAGUAAUGUUAUUUCAAAUAUAUAGUUGACUUAUGUCGUGCGCUUCCAAAAAGCAUGUUCUGGUAUUGGGAGUUAGAUUGAAUUGACAUGAGUAAGCUGAAUCGAAAUUUGACUCAUUCGUAGUUGAAGACUCUGUUUAUGAACAACAAGCAUUCCAUUGUGGUUCUUGAAGUCAGUUAAUUCAAUUUUGGAUCUACAAAUAACAUUUAUCAGCAACGACAGUUAGUUUUAUCACAUUAUUUUAUUCUUGGAAUACAUGGUAUACCAGACCUUGUUAUUCUUGUCGUGCAUGUGUUUUUAUCUUUAACUGGAAUUUUAGCUCAGCAAAAUUAUUAAGUUUGUUACGGAAAGGAAGCAUAUCUUUGUAAAAAGUUGUUAGUUGGUAUACAUCAGAAAAAAUGUGCUUUACAUAUAAUAUUUAAUUCAUAGGUUUGUAAAAUUAGUCUGUAGAACGAGGAUAUUUUGUAAUAAAGACUUUAUGAGUAGAG